AUGAGGGUGGGUGCUCAUGAUCUGAAGCUCAACGGGAUCAAGAGGGCUCUCAAGGAGAAGAAAGCCAGGCUCUACAUCAUCCGUCGAUGCGUCGUCAUGCUCCUAAGAUGGCAUGAUUGA